UAACCUUAACCCCCUAUCACUCAACUCACACACACCUAAGCCCCAGCUGUUUACCCCUUAGUGAGCCACGCUCACUUUCCACAUGCCCUUUCCCUCUUACCCACACCCACACAAGACACACACAUACACUAACAGUGGAAAGAUGAAAGAAAGAGAGGGGAAGUCUGAGAAAAGGAAAACAGAAGAAGAGAGCUUUCGAAAAAGGAGGAGGAAUGAGGGUGAAGCUGUUGCUGUGCCGUCGCGUCCAGCUCGCCAUCGCCCGUGGACGCACCGCGUCACCGUCGAGAGUAGAAACGCGAGAGAGGAACGCGAGCCCAUGGCUGCAGAGGGAAGCCCACUGCUGCGACGCCGGAGAUGCGGGUCAGGGCCGAGAAGGGAGACGACGCCGCUGAGGCAACGAGCUCGACGCCAUCGCCAAGGCUCUGUCAUCGCCGUCACGCCGUGACCCGGUCGCCACUACCAAAGGCUCUAGUGCUAGCCGCCAUUGUCUGUUGCAUGUGCGAAAGGAGAGAGGGGAUUUGAGUACAAGGAAAGGAGUCGUGUGAGGCUGGUGCCGAGAGACAUAGGGUUGUUCAGCCGCCACCGCUGCUGCAUCGUCAACGUUGCGGUUUCAGUGAAAAAAGGGGAAGCCGUCGAAGUACCUCUGAUAUGUCAUAGCUGAAAGCAAUCACACACCUCAAUCACCAUCUGAUGACAUUGGGGAAAACCUUGGCAGCGCUCAACAAAAAUCAAAUGUAACAAAAGCACAAGUGAAGAACACUCUGAUGGAGGCCAUCGAAAUUUCGUCUAGUCUCAAUGAGGGCGUCAAGACGGUAGAAAAUAAGGAGGAAUUAAAAUCUAAAGAAGUGGAUGUGCCAGGUGAAACCAUCUUUAACAAGGAGAAUAAAGGUGAAAAAUAUGAUGCGCUCAACUCACAAAUCAUAAAGAUGCAAGAAGUUGUCACUAACUUGCAAAACAUGGCCUCUGUCAAUCAAUCUAUGAUGCCAAUGAUGCCUUACUUUCACCCCAUGCCGUCACAAUUUUAUAAUCAUUUGGGAGGAUUUAACCCAAGCUCACCUCCUUAUCCAUCGCUUUCAAUGCCAAUGACCAUGUCUCCAUAUGCAAGUCCCUUUGAAAACCUUUCUUCUGAGCAAGCCAUGACAGACACGAUAAUAAAAAAGUUGGCCACUCCCCCGGUUAAAAAACCUUCUUUUGACAGAAAAAAAUCUUUUCUCGGUGUGAAGAAGACUAAUCCUAAAAUUUCUAGAGCCCAGUCAUCGAAAAAAUUACAUGGUAAACAAUUUUGUGUCUCAGAGACUCCAUCAACUGAUGUUGUCAAAUCAUUGCUGAGUAACGCAUCUCCUACUGGUUAUCAUAUAAAUCAGAGGAUGCCAGGGUUUACAAAACUCCAACCGAGAAAUCUUGGGGUUGAAGCUCCAUUUUGGCUACCAGUAUUGUUUGCACCGCCAACUACCAUGGAAUUAGAUGACACUGAAAUCAUGGUUGCAACCUACAUAUUUGGAACAAAUAAAGAUAAUGAGUUUGGGAGGCAAGAGAUAUUAGCAAAAGGAUGCAAAUUUGAUGCAACCAGAGAUUCUUUUUUUAACUUAAUUCCAAAGGGUUGGAUUGACCAAACUAUACUGGACGUAUAUGCUCAUAUGCUAAAUGAUGAGGAGAAGACUACUUCCGGAGUUUUAAGACAUUGGUAUAUGCCCACAGUCUUUUCGCAAAUGGCAUUGUCGGGAACUAUCCCAAGUAGUCAAGUUCGAGAGGAUUAUAAAGAGGCAUUUAUGGGCAAAGUGGAAGUCCUUAGAAAGAUUUAUGUGCCUGUUAAUGAAGAUAAUCUUCAUUGGUAUCUUGUUAUCUUCGACAUGAAUCAGUGUCAAGUAAUUUUGUUGGAUUCCAACCCAGAUCCUAAGAAGAAAGCAAGUAAAAUAUUCAGCAUUAAGCAAUUGGCUUUGUACCUUGAAGGGAUGCUUCAACAUGACUCUUUCUAUGAUUUUGAGAGUACAAUUAGGCCUAAGGUGUCUGAGUUUCCCAUUUUGGAAGCUCUCGGAAUAGGAAGACAAAGAAAUGACUCCUUUGAUUGCGGUAUUUGGGUAGCAACUUGGAUGAAGAACUGCAUUUGGAUUGAUGAUUACAACAUUUAUGUUGAUGAUGCAACUAGGAUGCGCAUUGCUAUAGAUUUGAUCAUGAAGUCAUACAAUCUGAAAAAAAACACCAUUAUCAAGGCAGCUAAGAAGAACUACAAAAAAUUUGAGGAAAAGAACAAGAAUUUAGUUAAAAAAUAAGAGUAUAUGUUACUUCUGAUUGCAUCAGUUGGAAAAAUUCUAAAUAAAUUAUGUUAACUAUAAAUGAUAUAAAUAAGUCAUUUUGGUGCUAGUACUUUUGUAAUGAGACUUUUUUUUGUGGUAGCUAUCUAUUGUUAUAGAAUCUUUCUAUAUAUAAAUUAAAAUCUAUAACAAUCCUAUAUAUUUAUAUUUUGGAA